AUGGAUGAGAAGCAUGAAGAUGAAGCCUACUAUGAGUGUGACUUCGCCUUCGCAUUCAACGACAGCAAUUUCUCGGACCGAGUUCUCACCAUUGAGGUUAUGCCUGACCCCGACCCCCUUUUAAUCCGCACCCAAUCCCACUCUCUCACUCUCACUACCAUCUCUCCAAAUCGCAAGAGACGCACGCACCCCCUUACCAAAGAUGAUGAAGAUUCUCAUGGCAAUGAUUCAUUAUUGGGCAUGAGUUGGUCAAAAGUUCUACAAGUUAGGACCAUACAUAUAAGUUCUCCGAUUCUUGCAGCUAAAAGCCCCUUCUUUUAUAAAUUGUUUUCAAAUGGGAUGAAAGAGUCUGAGCAACAAAAUGUGACUCUUCGAAUCCAUGCUUCCGAAGAAGCUGCCGUUUUGGACCUACUUAAUUUUAUGUAUAGUAAUACAUUAUCAAGAACGAAAUCUGCUGCUGCUGUAUUGGAUGUGCUGAUGGCUGCUGAUAAAUUUCAUGUUGAGUCAUGUAUAAGGUAUUGCAGUUGGGUAUUGAGGAAAAUGCCUAUGACUUGUGAGACUGCCUUACUAUAUUUGGAUCUUCCUUCUAGCAUUUUGAUGUCAGAUGCAAUUCAGCCACUGAUAGACACAGCAAAGUUGUUCUUUGCCACAAACUACAGAGACAUAACUAAGUUUGCAUAUGAGGCACUAAAUUUUCCCUUGGCUGCUAUAGAGGCAGUGCUAUCUAGUGAUUGUCUCCAGGUGCCUUCACAGGAUGCUGUCUAUGAAUUUGUGCUCAAGUGGGCUACAAUACAUUAUCCAAAACUUGAGGAACGACAAGAUGUCAUUGGAUCACGCCUUAGUCGACUCAUCCGUUUUCCAUACAUGUCCUGCCGAAAACUAAAGAAGGUCUUAACAUGCAAAGACUUCCAUCCUCACCUUGCAUCCAAAUUUGUUCUUGAAGCUCUUUUCUUCAAAGCCUUGUCUUGGUGCAAGGAUGCAAGUCCUUUUUUUCGCCAUACGGGGCUUCGAUGCAUCGCAUCUCAAAGGGUACUUAACGAAUAA